AUGGCUCUCGUGUCCAGAGGAAGGUCCACACUAAACCCGAAUGCACCACUGUACAUUCCGGCAGCCGUGCGCCAGGUGGAGGACUUCUCGCCCGAGUGGUGGAGCCUCAUCACUACCGCUACCUGGUUCAGGGAUUACUGGAUCAGCCAACAUCAGGGGGAGGGCAUUUUCGGGAACUUUGAACAAAAUGGAAACGAUGUCAUUCAAUUGCUGCCUGACACCAUUGACCUUGGUGUGGACGAGGAUAUCUUGAAUAUGGAAGCACAAUUUGAGGAGUUUCUCCAAUCCUCCAAGGGGAUUACAGAAAAUGGUGCACAGGUGAAGGGCCAGAGCGUGCCAAAAGAGAGAAUUUAUGUCCCCAACUGA